GGAAGAGAGGGAAAAAAAGAAAGGAAAAAAAAACCCCGCGUAUGCAUGACAAGAAAAGUCUCGGCGUGGCAACUAGGCCUGACAUUCAGAUGACAGGGGAAACCAAGCGCGGUUUAAAAGUUACAACUUGUCGGCUGGCAAUCACUUCUAACCACUUGGAUCUAGUGGAUUAGGCGCAAGUGUUGGCUCGGAACUUUUUUUCACAAGACGAGGCUCAAGGCGAAGUACGUGCAGCGUUGGCAGUGCGUGUGUGUCGCCCGGGCUUGCUUGACUGGCUGGCUGGCUGUCAAGCACCAGUGGGUUUCCGCAAACGGUGGCUGAUCUUUUCUCCUUUUCUCCCCCUUCGAGGAGGAAGAUUUUUGGGGGGGUCUGACGAAUGGUUGACCUGGGCUGUACCGGUCGAUCCCUAGCUCCGAACACCAGCAGCGGCCUGGAUCUGAGGUUAUCCACCGGUGACAUUAAUCGGAGCUGCGAGAUCGAGCAGUCGCUGACUAUGGAGCAAACAUUCGGCGAGGUGAACCAGCUCGGCGGAGUGUUUGUGAACGGCCGGCCACUGCCCAACGCGAUCCGGUUGCGGAUCGUGGAGCUGGCCCAGCUCGGUAUCCGUCCCUGCGACAUCAGCCGGCAGCUCCGGGUCUCCCACGGGUGCGUCAGCAAGAUCUUAGCGCGCUACAACGAGACCGGCUCCAUCCUGCCCGGCGCCAUCGGCGGCAGCAAGCCCCGGGUGACCACCCCCAACGUGGUCAAGAAGAUCCGUGACUACAAGCAGCGGGACCCGGGCAUCUUCGCCUGGGAGAUACGGGACAAGCUGCUGGCUGAGGGCGUCUGCGACAAGUACAAUGUGCCGUCUGUCAGCUCCAUCAGCCGGAUCCUUCGCAACAAGAUUGGCAACAGCACCCUGACCCAUCUCCAGCAUGUCUACGAUCCAACCAAGGACUCUCACAGGUCUCUCUACAGCCCAAUAUACUCGUACCCUUGCCCAUCCCCAGCUAACUCGAAAGCGGCCAUGGUGGCGGCUGCAGCCGGUCCCUGUGGUCCAAUGCGACAUUGUCACUGGCCCUCCUCACACACCGUCAAUGACAUAUUGGGAUUCCGAUACCCUGGAACGGGCGACCCACACGGAUCAGGACCAUUUCCGACGGGACUCUACGCAACAUCGGCCGCAGAGAACACCGCCCUGGCGCACGCUCACUCAGUCUCUCUGGCGGACUUCACCCGACAGAACAUGCCUGGGAGCUGCGGUCUCAAAGACGCCAUGUCAACCACGCCAAGCAACCUCCAUCAGCAACACCAACGACCAGAUGGCAAGAGAAUGUCUCUGUCGGACAGCACAGCGCCCUCUGUCAGCAACUUCAUGGUGGCCUCGCCGCCAUCUCUGACGGCAUACCCGCACCACGCGGCAUCUGCCUACGUGCCGGCCUACGGCACGGCCGCCAUGCCCAGCAGUCUGUCGCACCCGAUGUGGCCGCCCAAUGGCGCCAUGAACUGCCCUGGAGAUGCCGCCACGGCGUUGGAGAGCAGCAACGUGCUACGGCCGUCCCCGCUAGCUUACAAGUCGGUCCUAUCGGGUACAUCUUGCAAUUCCAGUACUGGUAGCGUCUGAUACCGUAAAGCAUCCAAGCUCACCAGUAGGUGCAAUGAGAAUUGUACAAACGUGAACUGUUGAGGGCAGCAUUUCCCUUCUCCGUCGGCUGCUCCACGCAACACCUGCAGUGCCCCGUCGAUGGGAUGUAAGGCGUUCAACUGUCUUCAGUCAAGUUGUCAGUCAGAAAGCCUGAGUUUACUGCACGAGUCCGGGUGAUCAGUGUUUUUCAAAUAAACUCCAUAGUUUGAGACUUCCCGUUUUCAAGCCGAUCGGUUUGCGAUGUUACUUGGAAUCAAGUUGCAGAGAUUGCUGUAGCCUAUUUGCUGCUAAUCCGUUAGUUGGUGAUCCAGGGACCUUUGGAAUGUUGUAUAUUUUGAAAGGAGUUGUAUUUUUAUUCUUGCCAUCGUAUGGAAAGUGAAAAACCCAACUUUAUGUACAGGUUGAGAGACUGCAUGCUAAGUAACUCAAAAUUCCUGGACAGACAGACUGGUACCCCGUGUUCGAAGCCAUUCAGAACGGUCAUCAGAACUUAGAAUGACAAUGUCGAUGCUGGAGAAUAUUCUUUGCUAACAGUCGGUCUCGUACAUAACCCACGGGCGAUUAUACAUUGAAACAAAAAGCGGUUAAGAAGUAAGAUUUUCCGGGGGGUAACACAUCACACGAAGAGCUGAACGGUCAAGGUAAAUGCAAGGGACUUUCUAUAGUUUCAGUAGGCCUCAAUUUGAUACUGCGAACGAGUUACUUCAACGGAGAGAAUGUGUCAAAGUAUUUUCUUGAAUACACUGCUGUGACAAGAAGACGUUUAUAACUGGCAUAUUGUGACGAGCAGGCCAUUAAGACUGGACCUGUGUUUGCUGCUCUCUCAAGUUCUUCGCAUGCAAGUAGAAACAACUUGUACGAAGUAGUGUACUGUAUUCAAAUAGACCGGACAAAUUUCACUUCAUGUCUGCGUCCGUCAUAAAUAUGGUUACAGACUUUUAAUAAAAUAAUCGAUGAAGCCUGCUUUGUGAAUCACUGGAGAUUUGUUGUAAGUCGGUAUGAAUUAAGCGCUAUUUUUAAUACUUUCAUUUGUCGGCAAUUUUUGUGAUUGUUUAAGAAAUGGUUGUUAAACGGUGUUCAGGGAGUUGUGUAAAGACAGUGUCAUUUUGCACGGUCCUAGUUUUAAUUGUGUAAAAGUUGUUUCGUAAAAAAAAAAGAAAUGCAAAUUGUAGUUAAACUGAAGGAAAUGUGGAAUUCCUUGAUGUCGACUAAAAGAAAAACCAUUACAAGAGUUGCCCACUUUUAGUUUCCAUGAUCUUCGGUCACCUAGAAAGGGAGACCAUGUAUCCACCCCACCCUACCCUUUUUGGUCAAUAGAAGCCUGGCCCUGGUUCAUGGAAAAAGUCUCUCGCUACUUCUGAGUCCCAAUAGUAAAACAGCGUCGGUAUAAAAUUAGAUUCAGCAGCACGUUUCCUGGUACAAAAUAUUUUCUACAUGAUUGAAAAGUAAACUACGGCGGGGAAACGUUGUCUUCCCGCGUUUCAGGUUCAUUUCAGUCAGUAUUUGAUCCAUUGUCUGCAUGUUAUCGCCGAAAUAGAUUGCAGCGCUCCCUAUUUUAAAAACCAGGAAUUGACAGCACCGAAUUGUGUGUGAAAACGCUGUGGUUUUUUUCACUGCCUAGAUGAAAAAUCGGGGAUAUGAGUAGCUUAUAAAAUAUUUCGAUAUAGGUAAAUUUCGGACCUGUACUUGCAUGCCAUAUGUACGCCUCACACUGAGAAUUUUACUGCAGGGAAUUAAGGUGUGCAAAUAGCAGUGUUGGAUGGGAAGACAAACGUGUAAAUAAAUUAACAUAAAUGAAUCUGUGGGAUAUUUAUGUUGUUGGGCCUUCUUUUGGGCGAAUCGGUGUUUAUAAAAAUUGUACUGGCCUCGUUUGUGACGUCAUAGCGGGAGUCUGCCAAAAGUUUUGAGUACAUGACAAUAAAUUUGUCAUUUGGAAAGAAAAUCGAGUAAAGCAAUGCGAAAAUAGAGAAAGAAAAUGUCCUCGACGAUGAUUGUCACAGGGGUCAUCUUGCUUUAAUUUGCUGCAAGAUGACAGUUGUUUUCAUGGCUCCCUGAUUAAAGGAAAGGUCAUGUAUGAUUGCUGAUUGUGUGGCUUGUCGUGGUACAUUCAUGAAAGCAAAUCCACAAUAUUGUAAUAAUUAUGUUUAAAAUGGGCUCUGCUUGUGAAUAACAGACUGAAUGUCCUCGUGGAUCUAGUUCCUUUGAAGUAUUGGAUGUUUUGAUCAAAUGUACAUUUUGAUGUUUUUAAGUGAAACGAAAAAUCCCCAAAGUGAGUUAGUUUUUGUUCUAUUUAACACAGAUAGGCCUAUUGGUUACAAUUUGCAAAGUUAUAAAUGUCUUCAUGGACACCUUUUCUCGCAAAAGGGACAAAUAUACAACAAAAGCAUGUUGUCCCCCAUAAUUAAACGAAAUACUUAACUAAAACCCUUAUUAUAUGGAAUAUUUGUCAAAGGGUAUAGUCAUGGAGUGUUAAUAAAUUUUGUUAUUUUAUAUUAGUUUUCGAA